ACUUGGCAGUGUCACGAUCCACAACGUGCGCAAUUGGAGGACGUUCUGAGCGAGAUAGCCGUUCAUGUAAUUCGUCCGAUUACGCGAUGUGUGGGCACGAAGCAGGCAAAUAGUGCUGUGUAUGCAUAAUUAUCGGAGGUACUGUUUUCGUAGUAAUGCAAGCAUACAGUUUCUACAUCCAGAUACAGGCAUUUAAACAUAAAAGUUUAAAAUUAAAGAAGAGCAGACACAACAAGCUCAAAGGUGAUAUACGCAACAGAGGCGAUCAAAGGAAAGUUAAAAAUAAUGCCAAUAAACGAUGAUACGUAAAUUUACAAAUGGCAAAAUGGCAAAUGGAUUGGCAUUUUCGCACGUUCAGGAAAUACGCGCGAAGGGAUCGACAACAGCCGGUUUUCUAUACAAAUUUUCUACUACGGUGCUUCGUCCAUUCUGUCGCUGUCUGUCUGAGAAAUUCAUUGAUGAUCACCAGCCUCGCACUGGAUGGCAUCCCUUUGGCAGCCAAUUAUUUAAGGAUCCUCAGUGAUGGCUUGGCAAAUAAUCGAAAUCUGCGAAGCUUGUCGUUGGCCAGAUGUCGAAUAGGUGAUACAGGAUGCUACAUAUUGUUAGACAAUUUGCAACAUAAUUCAAAUCUCCAUACUCUGGAUUUAUCGUCAUGUUGUCUCACUAAUAGAAGUGCUACGUACUUGUCACUGUUCUUAAAAAAAAGGAAAGCGGAUUUAUUGCAAAAUAUAAGGAAGGAAGUAACAUUGUCUCGAGAAAAUGUUCGUACAACGGUGGCGGAAGGACUACGAGUACUGAUACUCGAUAAAAAUUAUAAAUUUGGCGACAUUGGUUUGCGGCAAUUGACACGUAUGCUGAAGAACGAUAUCUGGUUGAAAACAUUAUGUUUGCGAUAUUGCGGUAUUACUCAACACGGAGGAGCAAUUGUAUUAAAGCUCUUGCAAACAAACACUGUGCUUAUACACGUUGAUCUCAGAGAUAAUGAAGUGUCUAUCGAUAUAUUGCAAAAUAUGCGCAAAAUCCUGAAGAAGAGGAGAAGCAAAAGGGAAAAAAUAUCAAUGAAAAAAAAAUUGUUAAGCUGUGAGCAUGUUUCUAUACAACAUUUGACUUCAAAAACUGAUGUGUUUCAAUGUACAUCGAAAGAAAAUAGAUUUUCCGAAAAUCAGAAUCAUCCCCAAUCGAGAAUUCAACGUAGUAUUUUACAAAUACACGCACAAAAGGCGAGAAGAAAAAAUUAUAGAAAAUGCAAAUUGCAAAAUAUAAUAAAAAGAAGUCAUGUCAGAUGGGUCAAUGCAGAUAAAUUAAAAAAACGUCUGUCUUUUAUGAUCGAGCGCAAUCAGAAUUUAAUAAGAAUCUUAGAAAAUAAAACUGACCUUCUAAUAAAGGAAAAAGAUCGUCGUUUAAGUUUCGAAGAAGCGUACCAUAAAAUCCAACCCCAACUCAGAAAUCUUAAGAAUAAAAUUGCUAUGCAAAAUUCUAUUUAUUCAAAUAUGUGUUAUGAGAAGCAAGUUUACGCAAAUCUACAAAAUGCAUUCAAUGAAUUGAAAAUAUCUAUGCAGGGAAAAGUAAUAAAGAUGGACGAAAAACAUCCUGAAGAAAGAGCUGGUGAAAAUCAAAAUCAAAAUAUUGUUCAUUAUAAUUAAAGCCAGCUGUUCAGAAGAGAAUUGUUCGUCUUUCACGCUACAUUAUAAAGACCGCAUUUCUUUAAAUAAUAAAAAAAAAAUAGUUUUAGAAAUCAUGUUUAUUUUGUACAAUCAUGUUAAUUAUACAAUUUGUAUAUGUUGUUUAAUUGUUUAAUAUUGGACUGAUAUAAAUAUACAGUAGAAACUAUAUAUAAAUAAAUAUUUGUAGUUAUG